AGCUGUUAUCACACACACAAAUCCCUUCCCUCCAAAAAAUAAAAAAAUUCCACACUUAGCAAAAAUGACAACAAUAAUGGAAAUCGGGAAUUUGGGUGUUGGAUUUAGGCCUCAAAUUGCGAUAAAUUCGAUUCGAAAAUGGCGUUGCAAGCAAUUUCUUGGUCAAAAAAUGCAAAACAAGAAGAGGUUUUUGCUUGUAUGCUCUGUUGCAAGUAAAGUUUGUUCUUUUAGUGAAGAAGAAAAUGGACUAAUUGAAGCUCUUAUUGGUAUUCAAGGCCGCGGUCGCGCUGCUUCACCUCAACAACUUCAAGAGGUUGAACAUGCUGUUAAAGUUCUCGAAGGAUCAGAAGGUGUUUCUGAACCGACAAGCUCGAGUUUGAUAGAGGGUCGGUGGCAGCUGAUGUUCACGACUAGGCCAGGAUCAGCAUCUCCUAUUCAGAGAACAUUUGUUGGGGUUGACUCAUUCAGUGUAUUUCAAGAAGUGUUCCUUAGAACGAACGAUCAACGUGUAUCCAACAUUGUAAAAUUUUCUGAGGCAAUAGGUGAGCUGAAAGUAGAGGCACUUGCAACAAUCAAAGACGGAAAACGUAUUCUUUUCCAGUUUGAUAGAGCAGCUUUUUCGUUCAAAUUUCUACCGUUCAAGGUUCCGUAUCCUGUACCUUUUAGACUUCUGGGAGAUGAAGCUAAGGGCUGGUUAGACACAACAUAUUUGUCUCCAUCCGGGAAUCUCCGCAUUUCAAGAGGAAACAAGGGAACUACAUUUGUGCUGCAAAGGGAAACUGAACCAAGGCAAAAGUUGCUUUCGUCCAUUUCAACGGGGACAAGGGUAGAAAAGGCAAUUGAGGAGUUUAUUUCCUUAAACCAAAAUGUCGCGAACCCUGAACUGGAACUCCUCGAGGGAGAGUGGCAAAUGAUAUGGAGUUCACAGGUUGAAACAGAUAGUUGGUUAGAGAAUGCUGGCAACGGUCUGAUGGGAAAUCAGAUUGUCAAACCAGAUGGACAGUUGAAGUUCCUCGUUGGCAUAUUGUUCGGUAUUAGGUUCUCCAUGACUGGCAAAUAUGAGAAAUCUGGAAGUAACACGUACGAUGUCAUAAUGGAUGAUGGAGCAAUCCUGGCUGGUAUGUAUGGAAUUCCAGUAGAAAUGGAAAGCAAGUUCACCAUAGAAAUACUAUAUACCGAUGACAAGAUCAGAAUUUCACGCGGCUACAACAAAAUUCUCUUUGUCCAUGUACGCGUAGACGGAUCCAAGAAGAAGUCAUAACUCUCAAGGUUUCCAUAUAGUUACAUUAAGGCCAACUUGUUAUGUUAAAACUUCAAGCAUAGUCAAGUAUUUCUCAGAUUGUAACUUAUAUUCAACUUGGAAAGCACUUCAUUUUGGCAUCUAUAACAACAAAA